CGCCAAUCCACCGGAGGACUUGCAGUUGCCUCCCCCUGAGCAGCUCCAUAUAAACUGGGCUUUACCCCAUCACACAAACCAGAACUUCCUCACCUCACACUCCACAGCUGCCGAUCUUCUACCAGAUCCACACAAACAACUGUUUGUGACAACAAACUGCUCAGAACACACACUGACCAAGUGGACACCAUGACAACUGAAACUAACACUGUGGCCAUGAUCAACAACACCCUGAGAAAGAUCUCCAAGGCUGACAAUGUCAGACAAGACACGGCAUUAAUGAUGAAGCCCUACAGCAACUGGGAAGAGUUCUUGAUGCCAGCACCCAUCGCUGUGUCCAUUUUAGGUGAAUUGAUAUUCAUUUCAGCAAAGGAUGACUUUCCCAUCGAUCAGAACAUGCCCAAAGAUGGCUACCAGUACAUUAGAUACCCCCAGUCGUUCCGUGCUUGUCUGGUGCAAGUCAGCAACCAAGGGUGGGAGGCGUUCAACGAAGCCCACAAGAACAUGGAUGGCAUACGGCUUCACUCUUUGACCAUUCCAAACCAUAUAAAGAACUCGGUGAGGAUCCUAAUGCAAGGAAAUAAAGACAUGAUUCACACACUCCUCCCUAAAGUACUGAGGAAUGUUAGCUCAUCGGCAGAGUCCUGCCUGAGUCUGGCAACAUCUGUGGAGACCAAGUUUAAUGCAGUGAUGGUUCUGGUCAAUGAGCUGUUGGAGGCCUGCACUAACUCAAGAGGUGCCCAUGAGCAGAGCCUGGAAGAGGUCAAAAUGAAAAUGAAAGAAUAUAAAGUCAAAGAAGAGUCCGCAAAAGCAAUGAAAGAAAUGACACUGAAUCAGGAGAAGUUAAUGAAGAAACAGAUGGAACAAUGCCAAGAAGAUUACAAAUCAGCACUUAAUUCUAUGCCCAGUGGCUGGGAAGUUCUAGGAAUGAAUUUUGUUGACGGAUUAUUGAAUACUGUCAACACCAUCACCUCUACACUACCAUCCAUUAUAAAAGGCUUCGCAGGAGUCUCUGAUAGCACAUCAAAUGGACCCCAUUCGCCACCGCUCUCUGGCAAUGACUUACUAAAGUCAGUCAAAAUCUUGAACAAAGGCAAUGAGGUUUUGAAUUGGAUUACCCCUCUUGAAGACUUAGUGACCAAGGAUCAGAAAAUCGACAUGAAACUUGUGAUUAACCAGAAAACUGGGGACUUGAAUACAGACUGGGCGAAGGGUCAAUUAGUCAAACUGAAAAGUGAAUUUGAACAGGAGGAAGACAGUCAGCCUAAACAGAGGGCCAUGGAGCUGAUCAACCAGGCCAUUUCGGUUUAUAGCGAGUUUGAUAACCUGAACAAUAACCCAGAGGAUGAGAAGAUGAUGAGCAAGAUCAUCUCGCAGAUAAAUCCAGUCUGUAACAAAGCGCGCAAGUUCAGCACCUACUGCGCAGCAGCGAAUAACUCUUCCGGGUUAAAUGUCCAACCACCACAGAUGGCAAAGGCAGACAGCGAGGAAAGCACUGGCCGGGUAGGCGCUGGUACUGCAGCUGUAAGAAACGCCAGGUUCAAAAUCCAACAGACGACAUCGAUGUUCCAGAAAUCACAGGAAAGUUACGAAAAGAGCUUCCAAAACCUGAUGAGAAGCAACAAGGAACUGGCAGAAAUCUUGGCUGGGAUGAGGAGGUGUGAACUGAAGGAAAUAGACUUUGAGACAACCAUUCAGAUCCUCAUGAAAGGACUUGAUGCCUUGGGGAAAGUUAAAGAGCAGUGGGCCAAGAUGAUUUGUUUCUUCCAGAUGUUAUGCAAUCUGAUUAAACUUUGUCUUGAGUCUGUCAAGAAUUUUGUCUCCUACACUGAGACGGCUUCCGAGCUUCCUCUAUAUUCUAUGGCCUCUUUCAUGAAAGAUAUGAUCUAUACAGAAGCGUUUCAGGCUACUAACAUCAUCAACAUGGUCCAUAUGAUUUCUGAUUCCUACGUAGAAAUAUCUAGUGAGUUUCUGAUGGAUCGAGUGAGCAGUUUGGGAAGACUCAUCGCUUUGGAUCCAACAAAAGAUGGGAAUAAAUUUGACGUUGAACGUAAUAAGUUACAUAGUGACUGUGACAAGGCUUCCAAAGGGAUACAGGAGCUGAUAAUUCGGAACAAGGAGGAGUACAGCAGGAACCUGGAGAGCAGAGUCAAGACAAUCAAUGAAAACCUGGAGGCCGUGCUCCCUCCUGUGUCUGUAGAAGAGAAAAAGAUGAUUGAGUACACAGUGAAUCAGGGAAUGGACGAAGCGACUAAAGACAUGUCAGAUGACAUUGAUAUCUAAAGAUAAAGGAUUACAGUUCCUUCAACUUUCAGCCAUUGCUGCCGUGACUGAACCAUUGAGAAAGAGGCUUCACCGGACAAUUCACACACUGAAAACUUCAGCCUUCCCACCGGACAAACAGAGAGGACAACUCACUCCAUUGUUACAUUCUUACACGUGCUCAGUGAUUUGAGUCAGAUAACUCCUCAUUCCAGUUAGUUUAAAUCUUUGCAGUCAUCGUUCCCAUAAUAACAUUUGAAACAGAGCCAUUCACAUUAGGACAUCCCAAAGCACUUUUACAGGUUUCACUGUAAUAUCUCGUGACCGUAUAUUUUUUAAUAACCAAAUUACACACAGCAACAAACAGCCAUGAAGUGAAUACAUUUUAUUUGGGGUUUGUUGGCUGAGUGAAACUCCCUUCUGCCAUUGGACCUUUAAUGCUAGCAAUGCACUCCCCCCGGGCACUGUACUAAAGUGUCAGCCUGGACUGUGAGCUCAAAAUCCCAACAUGGGUUAGAAACUCACAACCUCUGACUCAGACAAAAGUGCUGCCAACUGAGCCCAGCUGACACCAAUGUGCUGGCGGGCACCAGGUUGCUUGUGACCUGCUGUCAUUUGGCUAAUCUGGUGUAUCACUGAAGAGCUGCCCAUUCUCUCUGAGCGGGAAUCAGCGGCAGGUCAAUGGCAAGAGGCCCUGUGUCACUGCCCACUCAGUGCAAAGGACCAGAUCCAUCACUGAAAUGUUCACAGUAACUUCUCUCCAUGGUUCAGUCACUGUUCAGGUUAAAAGGAGCUAGAGAAGGGAACCUGACCCUCAUCCAUUACUGAAUCAGGUUCGCAUCUCAUGCUUUCACUAGUAGAACUUUCACCAACGCUUUUCAUGUUAGAAACACGCAAUAGCUUCAACAUUAAAUGAUAUUAGCAAAUAAGAGAUUAUCAGAUUCUUACACAUGUGAUGGGCCAUAGGCAAUGAGUGGCUUCUGCACAUGCUUCAUCAUUCAGCCUCCUUCUCUUUCCAUCUCUCCUCAUGGCUGUCUGUCUCUUUAUUCCCAUAGCUCUAUUUCUGAUCCUCUUUCACUAUAUCUCGGGGAGUGGAGGCAGGGGGGGUAAGCAGAGUCUCCCCGGGCCUGAGCUGUCAUUGAACGUCAGAAUCAUGUCCACCAUCUGUGACAUCUCGAUAGUCCAGUUCCUCAGCGAGUCAGCUCCGCAGUACUCCAGUUCACUGCUAUUUGGAGCAGCAGAACAUUCACUGAGAACUGGGAUUCUUCACACUCAGCUUCUGUUAAACGCUGCAGAUUUUAGCUGGUUAAAUUCCAGCAGUUACACCAAUGCACACCUUGGCUUCCCCAAGCCUUGGCUUUUGCCAACCUGAGCCUAGAACUCUCCAGAGUUAGGUGAGCAGGAUGUGUCUCUCCGAGGAGCUGCACACAUUCCAUUCCAAGUUUAGCUGGAAUGCAUGGAAUUCUCUGAGUGGGAUACUCUCAAGCACAGUGAUGGGUUUCUGAAUGUGUUAGCACCCGCCGACCAAAAUAUACAUCAUUCUGUGUACCGUACUCUUUAUCUCUUUCCAGUUUUCUCUCUCUUUCCAUCUGCUGAUUCUUUACUGAUUGUUUGCUUCCAUCCACCCAUACCCCUUUCUGUCUCUCCAUAUUCCACAUGCUUUCACUCUCUUGCUCUAUCUAUCUCCCUGUCUCUCAGGUUUGAAGGAGGACUUGUCUCCAGAAGCUGCAUUAUUAACUCAUUGAAUGGGAAAUUGAAUCAAUAAUUGUGGAAAAUAUUGUUAAAAGGUGGUGGGAAAUAGCAGAGAAGGGGUUGGGAUGAGUAACUCCAGUGGAGGACUUCACACCAACACAGGCCGAUUGGCCUCCUCCUGUCAUGUAAUGUCUAUGAUUCCAGGGUGGGGAACAAUAACACUGGGUGUAGUGCCAUGUGCAGCUUUUGUAACCAAUGCUCUGCCUACCAGUCAUGUAUGAUGUUACUGUGUAUGAAAUAAAAGACUAAAUGUGCUUCUAGAUGUUGCCAGGCCAGUUGCAGGCUGAUGGAUCAGGACAUAUGAUGUACACUAGGAUUGGAGCCUGUGAUCUGUGACCUGUCUGGACCCUCUAUAGUCAUUAAAUAAGUCGCUGUCACUAUUUCA